GGCGAACCACUACUGAUUAGUGAACCUAAGGUUUCAUUUCCCGAUGUCAGACAAACUGCCUCACUGUGAAAUCAAUUUCCUUAAGUCCAUUAUCCUCAAGAGAUUUUAUAUCUCGUCACUAAAAUGGCCACGCCUCAGUACAAAGGACAGCUUACUUCCCGUAUCAAAGGUCAAACCACUUGUAUGUAUCACAAGGAUAGAAAACUGGACAUUUACUGUGAAGAAUGUCAAGAACUAGCUUGUACCAAAUUCCUGUCUACUGUACAUAAGAAACAUCCUUUGUGUGACCUUAGUGAAAUUACUCCAAAAAUGAAUCAAGAGAUUCAAAACUUCAUCGACAAAACCGAGAAUGUUGACCUUGUACAAAUUGACCAGUACAUCACUGCUACUGAUACACAUCUAAAGGACAAUACCAGCCACUUUGAAAAACUUUCCCAACAGUUGAAGAAACAAACGAAGAAAAUAAACCAAGAUCUUAACCAGCUUUCAGCUCAGACUCUGUCUCUCUAUCAACAAAUGGAGGAGGAUAACACCAAGCUACUACAAACCUACAAACAGGACCUGGAAAUGUAUAGCACACAGCUAAAACAACAAGUACAGGAAUGUAAGAAAGCACUUCAGGGCGGCUCUGACAUACAUAUCUACGACACAGGACGUGAUAUUCAAUCCCCUGUCACUCUCCACGUUAAACCUACCCUGGGUACUGCAAGCUUCAAUCCGAACCGAAAUCCUAAGGGUCACCUGGAACAAGCCUUGGGAAAAGUGGAUACGUCAAGUAAAGGUCGGGGUCAAACCUCUUUUCGAUCCGAUCAGUCAUGUUCUGGACAUGAACUACCCCCUACACAGAAGUCGUCAGAACGUACAGUUAGGAGACCAAGUACACAACAGAGUUCAAGAAAAAGAAAUGAAGUGAUCGAUCCAGUAUAUACCCUAUUGCCUCAGACAACGGUGUUGGGGGAGUGGGUGUCUCCAUAUUAUAUGACUUCUGUAUGUCCCACCACUGAUGGUCAGGUGUGGACUAGUGCCUUUUUCACUGGCACUAUAAAUCUCCUAGACAGGAAAGGGAACGUUAUACAGGAGGUUACACACAAUGCUGAUAUUACAGACAUAGGUAUGUCACCUACAACUAACACACUGUGGAUCUGUGACAAAAACAACAACAUCACAGAGCUCGGGUCAGGACGACUAGUAUUACGAUUCAGCACCAGAGAGAAACCACAGUGUAUCUGUAUUACAGCUAGUAAUCAUGUCAUUGUGGGGACGGACAAACACAUCUCAAAAUUUACCACAAAUGGUAAACUGGUACUUACUUCAUCAGCUUCAAGGACUGGGAAACCAUUAGUGUGUACACCAUACAGGGUCUCAGAGUGUCCUGUCACUCACAAUGUUGCAGUGGCUGACAGUGACAGUGAAGAUGAUGGUGGUAAAGGGAAACCACGUGUUAUUGUCAUGGACACAGAUUUCAAGGAAUUAUUUGAAUAUGAUGGUAAAGUCCCAGAUACAUAUCAGCCAACAUCACAGUCAGGAGGUCAACCAUUUAACCCCUGUGGUGCAGUGUAUGACACUGUGGGUAACCUCGUCAUCGGGGACUUUAACAAUAAGAGUGUCCUACUCAUCAGUGGGCGUUGUGAAUUCCUAAGGAUCAUAUAUACACAUGACUACUGUACCUAUGCUGUUGAAGUAGACAAGAAUGGUGUUCUAUGGGCAGCGUUUGGGGGUUACUAUGUCCAACGACUACAGUAUCUGCAUUAAUAUGUAACAGGACAAACUACAAUGUGUGUAUCUAGUAACCAUGACAACAAACACUGAUAUUUUGAUCGAAGUUGUCAUGAUACUCGAUAAACUUCAUAAAUAGAGGAUCUUACAUUCGUGUCCGUUUCAUAUUGAAUUUAU